AUGUUGGAUUCUUAUAAGAGUUUGGCGCUGUUUCAGCUGCUUCUGCUGCUAUCAGUGGUGUUCAUUUACCUACGAUCGUCAUCUUCGGGCAGCUUGGAACCGCAGAAAGUGGAGCCUUUGAAGGAGCCUCCGCCGGCCGAUCGCCUGGUAGUUUUUGUGCGGGACGGCCUGUCCGCUCAGACCUUCUUGGCCAACCGGUGCAGGAACGUGCCACUGCUAAGGGAUCUCUUUUUGCAUCAGGGUCUGGUGGGGAUUAGUCGUCCGGAGACGACCACAUACCACCCGAUGUCCCCGUUUAUUUCCCUGUUUUCCGGCAUUAAUGAGGAUGCGGCCAGGGUGGUUAGAGGAUGGAUACGAAAACCAGCCCCUAUUGACUCUAUAUUUGAUCGGGCUAACCUAAGUUUUGCUUGGUCCACAACGGAGCUACUAUUACGAUUUCCCAAGAUCUACAGACCCAUGCCAAUGGAGUUCGAAACAUUUGAUGCAGGCGUUACUAAAUCCUGCUCCGAGCUGGAAGAUCACGUAUGUCAAUCAGUUGAAAGGUUUUUGUCUCUUUGGUCACAUCAGUUGCUAAAUUCCACUGAAGUCAUCUUCUUUGUUCAUAUGACCGGCGUGGAACCAUCUUGCGAAAGUCUUCAACGGAUUCAAGAAAAUGUUUUUAAGCUCUACAAGCGCUUUGAGAAAACCUUUCCCGAUCGAAGAACGGCUUACUUGUUUACUUCCAGUCUUGGCGAUCCACAAAUGCAAAACGAUUGCAGCCUGGCAGUUGAAUCGCCUUUCUUCCUCUGGGGAUCCGGAGUGGCUCAUAUUAAAUCCAUGCCAGGACGCAGCUUUCCGGCGAAUGAUACAGGUUACAGGUUGCCCCUGCAUGUCCUUAAUCCUCCGCACCUGACAGCUCUUAUGAGUGCCUUGCUGGGAAUUCCACCACCAAUCAACAGCCGUGGAAUGUUGCCCAAGGGGAUGCUGAACGCCAGUCUGCGCUACGAGGCCAAUGCCAUGUUGACCAAUGCCAAGCAGCUGCUGCUCCAAGCUCGCCGGCUGAGGGAGCACCAUCCCAAACGGAUUCCGGCCUUCUGGCUUAACUUUCAGAUGAUGGACAGCUUCCUGAAGAACUCGUUGGGUCUCCAGAAGCAGCACCGUUUCAAGGCUCUCUUGGAAUAUAGCUGCAACUUUAUGCCCGUGCUGGUAAAGGCAAUGGACUACUUUAAGGAUUACUAUAGGAAAAUCUUGGUUAUAGCAGUGAGCUUGGCUGAAAUCGCUUGGCUAUAUUGCCUGCGCUGCCUUCUGUUGGAUGGAAGAAAGAGUAGAAACCAAAUGGAAAUCCAGGAGGUAACCUCCUCCAGGCGAUUGGUUUUCUUCAGAGGAUUUCAUCGAUUGCUGACGGGUCUGCUGGUGAUUUUCAUGCUGCUCGAAAGGAUUCCUCUGCUGGUGCAGGCAAUCCUUCUAAUGCCUUCGCUCUACUGGAAGGUGACCCUCAAGAUUGUUUCCCAGAGACCGAAAAUAGUGAUCCUGAAGAGCUUGAUUUCCACCGCCUUACUAACACUGAUUUGUUUGGGUGGCUUCUUCAGACGCUACGUUUUGGCAGUGGGCUACUUGGGAUUCGCUGGCUUUAACAACAGAGAAGCCUUCCGGAAACGGGGAAUGCAGUUCUACCUGUGGCUACUGCUGCUCCUUGGACUCACUGGUAUAUCUGUGUUUCCGGAAUCACUGGGUUGCUCGCAGCCCGGAGCUCUCAUCUUUAGUAUCCUGCUGACUCUUCUACGUCCCUUGGCCUGUGGAGUGUACCUCAAUCUCGUCACCUGGCUGAGCAACAUACUCGUUCUCCUGGUUGCCCUGGAAUACAUCAUGAUUAGAUCCCUUCCCGGGAUCACGUACAUGUUGUCCUGGAUCUAUUUUGGCUACGUAGUCCUCUGGCAGCGACGCAAUCUGCAGGCCAGCGAACUGGUGUUCUUCAACCUAAGCACCCUGUACACCCUUAUCUGCACCUCUUACGAAUCGGUGGUCAUCCAAAUGCUGGCCAUGGAACUGCAGUUGGGCCUCCGCAUGAAGCUGGAGAGGAACGAAAGCAUUGGACCCAAGACAGCCUCGCAUUACAUAUUGGUGUACAGCUGGUACUCCUUCUUCGUCAUCGGCAGCUUUCCGGCCUUCGAUGACUUCCUGGAUAUCCUGCACGAAACCUGUUUUGGACAUUCCACACUGACCUAUGGCCUGGUUAUGAUUAUGAAGCUGGUCCUUCCCUGGCUGCUCGUACUCUGUAUCCUGGCGGGAAAUUACCGAAAUCUUGCUUCGCAAGAGCGCCAAAUCUUCGUAAGACUGCUGCUCAUGAGCAGUUCGAUGUCGCUGGUUCUUUUGCACAGGGUUACAAGCGUGGGUCCCUGGAGGGAAAUCCUCAGCAGAUUCGCAGAGUUCGCUGUGGUCCAUAUUUUCCCACUUGUCUGGCUGCUUUUGUGGCGUCUGGCGCAGCACAAAGUGGGGUCGAAGUGGAUGUCUCAGCUUCCAGAAUGA